AUGGGCGUGGUGGCUCUCGUUCUUGGUUUACUGCCAACUGUUUUCAUGCUUAUAGGACCCGAACCCGAGGAUAUAAGCCUCCUCGCGUUCCGUCGACCCAUCCUAGCAGCAUUUCUUGCGAUUUCUCUCCCUUCGUUCCCUAUCAGUAUUGUAUCUACAAGUUCUACAGCCCUGCUGCGCCAGCCAAUUGGUCUCCCGUUCCAACCAUGGUUCCCGGCUAAUACGCCCACAUGGGGCAAGGCUCUUUUAUCAGCAUGCGAAUACGCCCUUGCAGGAGCUGCAGUGGCAAACAUGGUCUUCACUGUCUACCAACUGGCAUUCUGGGCGAUUUCCGUGUCAACUAUCGCUAUACAAAGUGGUGUCCUACCGUCGACGUAUGGCCCCUUCAUGUGGCUAGGAAUCAACCUUGUUGUGCAGGCGAUCGGAUUUUGGGUCUUCUACUUAAGAUAUGAGAGAGGUCCGGACUUAUCUGGGAAUGGAUCUACGGGUUGCUGGCUCUCAAGAGAAUUGACACCGUGUAUUUACGGCCAGCCCAUGCGGCUUCGAUUUGCUGAAGACACAUAUCUAUGCAUGAUAUUGUCGUCAUUUUUGACCAUCGGAGCCGUUGUGCUAUUAGUAUUCACGACGAUGGUUUUGGCCGGCCAAAUAUUCAUCUCCCUCGGAGACGCAGUAGCUAUUGUUGGCAGAAAUCACGAACAAGGUGGCAGUGCCCUGAAAUUUAGAAGAGCUGAAUACAAGAGAUCAUUCUUGCUAAUGGAGGGAAUGUGGACUCGAUACUUUCCGCUAUCCACAUAUGUCCGGGACAUCACCUCUUCCGGCCGUCUGGGUACUUUGCAAAGGAUCAUGUCCGAGCACAGUCUGGCAUACGUCGACCUCGCUCCGGACCAUAUCAUGGUCAACCCGGAUCUCGCUGGCGGAAUUCUGCUCGACGGUGGGGUUUACAGUCUCUUCUGGGUGUUCCAGGCUGUGUAUCAUGCAAAAGAUUUUCAAUCGCGGCCACGUCCAGUGACCCAUUCAUUUUGCUCCAAAUAUGCCUCUACUGGCGUGGAUGCAAUGACGACAAUCUUGAUGGAGUUUCCCAGAGCCGAGAAAUACGGCGGGCCUGUCCAUGCCGUUGCCUCAACAUCAUUGAGCUUAUCUAUUGACGCGGUUGCUAUGAAUGCUGGAUGUGAGAUGCCCAAUAUCAGGAUACAGGGGACGAUGGGUGAAGUACAGAUUUUCCCUCCAGCAUACCGCCCUACGAAGACGAGGUUGAUAUUGAAGGAUGGCACGGUCAAGGAAAAGUCUUGGCCACAGCCGGGACCCGGUGUUGGGAGCGGAUGGUAUAAUGGUUACGGUUCUACUAUUCAUCCCGAAGGUGAGGGCCACGGAUUAUUCUGGGAAGCAGAUGAAGCCGGAAGGGCUAUUUGUGGUGGCCAAAAAGAUAGGCUUUCGAGGGAUUUGGAAGAAAGCAUACUGGUUCUAGAGAUCAUGGAUCAAGUGCGAGCAAAAGCAGGACUGGCGUACCCUAAGGCGGUUGAGAGCACGGAGUAUUAA